AUGUCUCUAAUCAAGCAUCUGGUACGCCUGGCUCAUCUCAGAGCGAAGGUGACUUUCAAGGGUGAGCAUCGAAAUAGCAGGCUGCACUGCCGAGAUUUUAUGCUAAUCUCGACCAGUGUGGAGGGUCUCGAAUGCAAGUGGGAAGGUUGCACUUAUAAAGGCAACUUCGGGUCCAGGGGCGCCCUUGAGCGCCAUGUCAAGGCACUACACACCAACACCCAAGAAUUCAAAUGUCCCGACUGUGAUUUUGUGAACGGCCGUCGCGACAAGCUACAGGAGCACCAACGACGCAAAAAGCACGGCAACUACAUCCGCCUAAGCUAA